UUCCCUCACGCUUAUGAAUAAAUAAAAUUGUCUUAAAUGGUCGAUAAUGAAAUGUUGUUGAAAGAGAAAGUUUAUGAGAAAAGAAAGAUGUUGAAUGGAGAACUACUUAUUUUAUCGACAAAAAUGAAAUCAGAAAAUCAUCUUGAUGGCAGGUAGCUCUUCCACCGUACCUGCUGUAGUAACGAUAGAAGAAGAAAACUUCUUCAGGAUUCAGCGCCUACUGGAUGUAAGUAACAAAACAUUGCAACGCUAUCUGGCAAAAUAUUUCACAGUCAACGAUCCUGGUCAAUUUUAUGAAGAGCUUAAAACAAUUAAAUCACAAUUAAAGUUAUACAAUUCGCAAGAGAAAAUAUUAUUUCCGAAAAAUAAAGAAACUAAAAUAGAAAAGUGCGACAUUACAUUGAUAUUGGCUUUGUUAAGGACUUCAAAGUGUACACCAAGCCAAGCUGAUCUCGCUGACAUAAAGUCUAUACAAAAAUACCGAAACAAAUACGCUCAUUCUGAUAGUUACGCAAUACCAACAGCACAAUUUCAAAAUGAAUGGACAAACUUAACUUCUGUACUGGAGAGAUUAGGAGCAGAUCCUCAUGUCAUUAAAAUUUUAAAAACCCAAACACUGGAUUCGAGUGCUUAUAAAAAAAUCGCUGACUUGAAAGGUAAACGUAGCAAUGUUUGGUACCAAGUUCCAAUGCCUGUUAAAGAGUUUCACGGAAGAGUUAACGAAAUAGAUAAUAUUCAUUCGGCGUUGCUAGAUACUACCAAAAGAGGAUGUGUCAUUUCGAAUCAUGGUGGAGUGGGAAAAACGCAAUUGGCCAUCAAAUACUGUUCUCAAUAUAGCAAUGACUACAAUGGCAACGUUAUUUGGAUAAACAGUGACACUCAAACUAAUAUUGAGUCUUCGUUUCAAUCUGUUGCUGAUUAUAUAGACUUAAUACCUAGUACUGCGCAUGAUGCGAAGAAUAUCGCUUCUAGAGUGUACGAUUUUUUUGCUGAUCGACCAUGUUUGUUUGUUUUUGACGAUGCUAACGACGUGAAACUAUUGAAUGAAUAUCUGCCAAAACUACCACCCAGUUCGCAUGAACCGGUUAUGUUAGUGACAAGUCAAAGCUCUGAAUGGGGGAGUCAGUUUGCCAUUGUUCCCUUACAUCCAUUUACAGAUGCGGAGGCCCAAGAUUUUGUUACAACUUUUUUACAUUUACCUGCAUCAAGUGUAGAGGAUGUCAAAUUUCUUUGCAAGGAGUUAGGGAAUCUCCCCCUGGCUUUACACCAAGCCGUGUGUUACAUUAAAAAGCAUGGAAUCUUUCUCAACAUGUACAAUAAGAUGUUGCAAGAGGGAAAAUAUCACAUACUGAAGGAGGAGGUACCAGGUGGCCUCUAUACGAAAACUUGUCUCAAAACGUUUGAUCUUGCAAGAGAAAAACUUCAUGACAAUGGUGACAACAAUGCUAUCAAACUUCUUAGUUUGAUGUCAUAUAUGGAUGGUAAGCACAUCAACAGGUCCUUUCUUGAAUUAUCUUUUUCAGAUGUAGAUACGCUGUAUUCUGCAUUAAAAGUGUUAUCAGAAUAUUCUUUAAUAACAUACGAAAAAGGAACGGUACAAAUGCAUACGUUAGUUCAGCUUGUUGUCCGCAUAACGACCGCACAGAAUAUGACCUUCGUCGACAAAGUGAUCAAUUGGUUUUUCCCUUCGAAAUCGUACUAUGGAAUGUUGCUAGAUUUAAUACUCGAAUGUGUACACACUCAAGAUGAUUGGGUCAAAAGCAACUUAGGAGACACCUCAUGGGUUGCGCAUGUUAUUACUCUCUGUGCAAGAUGUGAAGAAGGAAACACUUCAUCUAAAGACAGAAAGUACGUGUCUGAUUUUAUCUUGAGAAACGAUUUGAUCGCGCCGAUGUGUGAUGUGUACGAAAGCAAAUGCCAAUACAACACUGGCUACUCUGAUUUCAAUACUAUGUUUGAGAAUUUUAGUCAAAUAUCCGGACGUGAAUCUAGCAGGUUGUUUAACCUCCAAAAUUGCAAAGCUACUUUACUGACUAAGGUCGGUAGAAAGAAAGAAGCGUUAGAUAUAUUUGACAAAUUGGUAACAGGCUAUACAAAACAACUUGGAGCAAAUCAUGUUUACACCCUUAAUAUGAGAAUAAAUAAAUUGUCGUCGUUGAUUGAUUGUGGACACUAUAAACAUGCUGAAAGAGAGAUAAAAAGUAUGAGUGAAAUAAAAUCAUUUCCAAAACUAAGAGAGCCAGAGCAAAUAAGCUUUUUAGAGCACAAGGCUACGCUGUCGUUUUUACAAGGACACUCUAAAAAAGCUUUGGAUUUGUUCAACAAAUGUGAAGAGGAUUUGCUAUCUGUGUUUGGAGAAGAGGCUUCGCGGCGACUGUACACAAUUCAGUACAGCAAAGCUAACUGCCUCUUUCAAAUGGGUGAAUAUGAAAAGUCUAAGAAGAUGUUCGAAGAUGCCCAAACUAAAGCAUUAGAAUUGUAUACAGAUGAAAAACUUGAGAAAGUUUGCAUUGCAAAACGAAGUAUAGCAAAGUGUUUGUUGCACCUAAACAGAACCGAUGAAGCUUUGGAAAUUCUAGAUGACGUUUUGAAAGAACUUCUUGAGCAAUUCGAUGAGUUUAACACUGAGUAUUUAUCAGCAGAAUAUUUUAAAGUAAUUGGUUUAAUCGAUAAAAAUGAUUUUAACAGUGCAAAAGAACUUGUUGAAGAAAAUAUUAAGAAAAGGAGUGAAAUGAUCGGAAAAGAUCAUCCAUACGUGUUGUUGUCGAAGGUACAACUCGCUCGAUGUCUUAUGGAGGAAUUGCAGUUACAGAUGGCGAGAGAUGAAUUGCUAAUUAUCAGAGAGAAACAGAAGAAAGAACUGCACAUAUUACAUCCGAAUGUGUUGGAAACUGAAUUUUAUCUUGGGAUUUGCUAUUCAAAGUUAGGCGACACAAACAAAGCUUCUAUGAUCUUGCAUAGUGUUUAUGAGGGACAAAAGGAAAUACUAGGUGUCAACCAUCCUAGUACAAAUAAAACGGAAAACAAUACUAAAAAGUUAUUUGUAAAGUAAAGCAUUUUUUAACCUGGGAACUGUGUUAAUAAUUUUAAUACACUAUAUUUUUAAAUUUUUGACAGAUAAUUAUAUUAAAUCUAAGGCAGAAAAUGUGUUAGCGAAGGUGCAUAUGAAUUGUUAAACUGUAUUAGUUAGACAAAGUUUGUGUCGGCAGAAAUUUUUUGGUCCUAUUUUGCGCCACCUUCUAAAAAUUUAGACACUACUGUUCUAGCUUAAGGAAUUGCCAGAAAAACGAUGUAGCUGAUGAUACCAAAAAAAUGAAGUUUGGGGACAUUUCCAGUUUGCUAGAAACCAAUACAGAAGAAAAGAAAAGUCUAAAAAUGCACCUAAUUUGCAAAGGGUAAUUUUCUCAUAUUUCAUUCCCCCCAUUUUUUGUGGCUUACUGAUAAAAUAAAGUAAUAAAAUCUAAACUGGCCUCGGCCCUAGUAUUUUGGUGGGGCAUUUUUUUCAUUUUUGAACAAAUAAGAUAAUUACGGAAUUGUUAACCAAAUUGUAAAUAUGAAGUCACUAUUAUUAUUCUUUCCAUGAACUGUUGAAUGUGGUAACAAAACAAUUUUUCUGUAUAAUGGUAAUGAUUUCGAAAUAUUCUGGAGUGUUAUGAAGGGGUAAUCGUUAGUGGCGAACGAAACAAAUUGCAUAUGAAUUAUAUCGCUUGUUACCUGUCAACUCAUGUGGAAACAUGAGUUGACAAGUUUAUGAUUUAACAAAGUAUUCCGUGUAAAAUUAGUGUAUUUUUGUGAAAGUGAACACUACUAAGCAUCA